AUGGAUUCGAUUCAAAUGACAACUAUGGUAAGGAAAAUUGACAUUUUAAAAUUGAAAAUUUUGAUGGUUUUUUGUUGGAAGGUCAAUAUUUAUGUGAGGUUUUCUGAAAGUGCGUGUCAAUAAAAAAUUGAGAAAAACAGAAAAAUAUAAUUUUUUAUUUUGUUGUUUUAAAUUUUUUGUUGUUAAAAUUUCACAGUCUUUAGGAAGAAUGAAUUUUUGUUCUUCAAAACUGGACAAAAUUAUAUCAAAACAUGUAUCUCAAAAAUAUUACUGUUUCUUUCUUCCAAAGGAAACAUUAUGAAAAAAAAACACUGUUUUAAAAAAUAAUUCAAUUUUUCAAACUGAACAAUUUCAGUAGCUUCACAAAUCUAAUGUUUCAAAUUUUUCAAAACAAAAAAUUAAAGUUCAUAUAAUUUCUCCCCGUUACCUUUCAAGUUUUCACGAAAAAAAAUCACGAGAUUUUUUCCACUACUUGGGUGGGAAAACCACAUUUUUCUAGAAUUCUCUACGUUCUUUUUUUGAUUGAGAAAGAUAAGAAUGUUUUGACUCAUUCCAAUUUUAUCAAAAAAUGUUCCUGUUCUGUUCAAAACGCAUUAUUUCGAAUAAAAAAAACCAAUUUUUUUGUGUGACCAACAUCACAAAAAUGACUCAUUUUUGAUUGGUUAUGUUUUUUUUGCCCAUUUUUUCGAGUCGAUCAUGCACUUUUCAUUUUUAUUUGUUUUAAAAUAUUUUUAGUUUUCGUUGGAAAAUUUCUCAACUUUAGGUUUCCAAAAAAUCAUUGUUUCAUAAAAUUUGCAUUUUUAUUGGUCAGUGAUGUUAUCAAAAAUUCACUGUUUCAAAAGUUUUUCAAUGACUCAUUUUUGAGCCGAUCAAUUUUCUGGUCACGAAUUUUCAUUUUUAUUUCGAAACGCAUAAGUUUUCCCUGGUGUUUUUUUCUGAGAAAAAUAUAGAAAUACGUUCUCAGAAAACACCAGCUGAAAAAUCUAAUUAUUUUUUUCUCACGAGAUCAGAUCACUAACAAAGUUCAGCUCCAAAAAAUGAAGCCCGGAUUUUUUGCUUUUGUUUUUGUAAUUUUUCAGUCUUCGAGUGAAGUUUCAUUAACAAAUUAGACCCUUAUGUUAGAUAUUUUGUUUAUUCACUGUUUCCAAAAUCUAUAUAUUUUUGGAAAAUAUCUGAGAAUUUGAAAUUUUCAUAUCCUCAAAAUGCUAACUAUUAUUAAGAAACAAUCCAAAAUUCUCUCUGGAAAAGUUCAUACAAAAUACAAUUUUUCUGGACCAGUUUCAAGUAUUUUCGAACGUCAUAUUUUUAUUUUUAUGUUUUUUUGCCUGACAAAAUAGUUCGUCACAAUUCAAAAAAAAUCCUCUUAUAACCAGAUUACUAACGAAAAAAUUCCCGAAUCGAAAUAAAAUAAAUAUGUUUUUUUUUUCAAAAGUUGGGAUUAGGUUUUUCCCGGGUUACCGUAUUUCGAAUCUUGUGUAAUCUGAGAAUUUGAAUGAAAAUGUUUUAUCUGUUGAAAAAUCACUGUUUCUAAAACUCCUGAAACUUUUUUAUCAAUCUUGAAAAAUAUUCGAGCUGUGAAUUGAAUUUACACAAAAAAUGCAAAUCUUCAUGACUACUGUAGUUCUAGAAUAUUUUCAAACGUCAUAUUUUUCAAAUUUCAUUUUCAUCUCAUAACAAAAGUUCGUCACAAUUCUAAAAAAUCGGUGUCUAACCCGAUUACUAACAAAAAUUCACCAUUUAAAACAAACAUAGGGCUUUUUUCAAAAUUGCGGGAACAAGUGUCCAUUUUACUGUACUGCACUUUUUGACCUUGUUUUUCUUCAAUUUUCCUCCAUUUCGUUCUAUUUUCUUUCAAUCGAUGCGCGCAUAAUAAUUUGUCUUUUUUCUCUCUCAACUCUCUAAUCUCUCCACACUCUCUCGUUUUCUUCUCAACCAAAACUGUACAAUUUUCAACUGUUUGUUUUUCAUGUUUUUCAUGUUGUUUUCCGGAUUCGUAUUUUUUUCAAACUUUUUUUCUUCAAAAAAAAAAGAAAUAGUAUUUUGUGCUUAUCUUAUCAAAAUAAAAUUUUUCUGUUGAAACUUAAAAUAAGCGCCAGAGCCAUAAAAUAAAAUGAGUAAAUAAGAAAAAUAUAUAGUUUUUGUGAGGAAAUUUUAGUUUUUGUGAGGAAAUUUUAUUUAUUUUUAUUUUUAGCUAUGAGGUAUAAAAGUUAUUAUUUGGUAAGUUGGUUUAUUUGACUUUUUGAAAUGAAAAAAAAAUUAAUCCGCUCAAAUUGAACUUCCCCCGAACAAAAACGUUACCAUGGCGAUUAUUAUACAAUUUUCCUCCAAAAAAAUCACAAAUUUAUUUUUUGCAGAAAAUGUUACCAGAAGAAACUUCUGAUGAUGAUCAAAGUCAAAGUCAUCCACAAUUUUCUGAGGAACGGCCAACUUCGAGUUUGCAAUCGUCGAUUUCGAAAAGAACGCGGAAAGGUUUGAAGGAUUUUUCGGAAAAUGUGCAGAAUCGACUGCAAGGCGGUGGUUCGGCACAAUUGCAGAGGAUUAAAGAAGACGAGUCGGUGAGCCGUAAUUUUUGAGGCAAAACAUUGCUGUUUCAGGAAAUGUAUGAGAUUCUGAACAAAUUCAUACUUCAUAUUUUAACACUCCAAAUUGCUAGAUCUCAAACUUUUCAAAAAAAUUUCUGGUGGAUCAAAAAUUGUUUUCACUAAAUCUCUCAUGUUUGCGUUGAACUUCGAAAUUGUGUCCUCAAAGUUUCCAAAUAACAUUUUUUUCAUGUGCAAUUUCACUGUUUCAAGCAGAAAAUAUAUAUUUCCAUAGGAGUUUUUGUUUUAAUUUAUCGACAGCGUCUACUUCAAAACCUAAUUAUAUUUGUAGCCUUCAACUCCAUCAGCUCCACCUCGCCCAAAUCGCCAAAUUUAUCGAAACUCCAUCGAUUGUGUUUCGAUCGUCGAUGAAACAAAACAACAAAGAAGUUCAGAUCAGUAAGUUUUAUCUUUUUGAAUCCCUUGAAUCUUCAAUCAAUCUUUAAUUUUUCAGAUCUUCCGAAGCCUCUUCCGAAAGCCAUCGUUCAAAUUGGAGUCAAUCAGUUCAACAAAUCGAGAAUGCUCUAAAUCGAAAUUAUUAUAAAAUCGCAUAUUCAAUUGUUAUUAUAGCUUAUUUGGCUGGAUUUGCUGAAUAUAUGUAUUUCAGAUUAGUUUCAUUGAUUAUUCCUGAACAUAUUGUUUUUCAUCCACCUUGUGAAGGAAAAAGUAACAGGAAGAUUGGUGAGUUUUUGGGGGAAUUUCGGGGGAAAAAAUUCACUGUUUUGAAAGUUGGGGAAAUCAUUAUUUUUUAUUUAUGCUAGCUUCUUUCGAAUAAGUUAUGUUCCUUUGCUUCUUAUUCGACUUUAAAAAAAUCCUCAAUUAUACAUAUUUUCAAACCAAUUUCUGCAAAUUUUCGAAAACAAAAAUUCACUGUUUCAAAGAUUUGAGAAAUUCAAAAAAUUAUUCAAAGAUUAUUUAUUUUAACGAAACGCUCAUUCGGAAUAAAUAUGAACUUCUAGAUAAUGAAUUUUCUAAAAAAAAAUAUCAGAGAAACUAUAUUUUUUAGUUUUAUGGGAUAUUCUUUUUCUGGGGCACUCAAAAAUAAAUCACAUCCAGAUAUUAAAAAACCCGGCAAAUCACUCUUUCAAAAAUUCACGAUUAUUGGGUUCGGAAAUUUAAUAGUUUCCUAUAUCUAAAAACAAACUUUAAAAAUAUUUCCAAAUAAAAAAAAUGCACUGUUUCAAAAAGUCGCAAAACUUUAAUUUCAUUUUUCCGACUAAUAUAAAAUCCAGAAAAAUUUUGAAAGAUGCAACAAAAAAUGACUGUAAUUUGUGAUCAAUUUUCAUAUAUUCCCAGAAUAUCUCAAAUUCAUUCAAAUUUGUAGGCAAAGAAGGUUUCCACUACGGCAUUUCAAUAUGCGCUUUCAUUGGUGUCUCAAUUUUUCAACUACUUUGCUUUUUUGGUCUAACAAUUUCUGAAAAUUGGACCGAAUCCAAAGAAAAUCCAAGAGAAAGUCGACAAGCUGCUCAUCGGGAAGAAUUCGCAUUAUAUGUUAGAACUAUGAUCUCAAAAACUAUGUAUCGAGUUUUUCGUGAGUUUAAAAAAAGCGACUUUCACAAAAAUUUGAUAAUUUUUUUCUCGAAAAACUAAAACCAGUGUUUUUUUUUCCAUAGCACUAAAUCAUAGUUUUGCAGUCUGUUAUGCAAUUUGCUCCCUAAUAAAUUGUGCAAUAAUAUUCUACAUGGUUGCAAUUCAAGAUUCUUUGGGUGAUAUUGUUUCAACAAUUUUGUUAUAUGUUUUUGAUGCUGUUGUCAUAUUAUAUUUUAUCGCUUUUCCACUAACUACUAUUAUUUAUCAUCCAUAUGUGCAUUGUUUCAGAAAGUGAGUUUUACAAAUUCCUAGAUUCCUCAUGAAACAUUUUUGAAAUUUUAGUUUCUGAAAAAAUCCAUAAUUUUUCAUUAAUUUUUGAAUUUCACCUGUUCUCAAUUUUUUCGAAACACACAAUUAUUGCCCGCUGAUCAAAAAAUGUCAUGUAAAUUAUCAACAAAUUUUCCGAAAUGUUCUUUAUCACACGUAUAAUAUGUCAUAAACGCCCAUUGUUCAUAUCAAAAAUGAAAAUGAAAAAAAGAACUGAUAGAACCGGAGUUUCCCGUGAACUUUUGGAACAAGUGGAUUUUGUAAGAAGUUUGUAGAAGGACAUAAAAUUAUAGAAAAAUAAAAAAAAUGUCCGAAGUAAUUUUUGGAAAAUUGAUUUUACAAAACUUGAGAAUCAAAUGAUUGUUUUUGUGAAAAUACAAUUUCUCAAUGAUACGAUAAUUUUAUCAAAACUAGAAAUUAGAAAUUUCAGAAUUUACUAAUUUACUGUCAAAGAUAAAUAUUUUUCAAACUAAAUUUCAAAUUCUUUAUAUUUUCAGUCGUUCCUCUCCACCGGCCCGUUUCCGAAUCACCGGCGAUUCCCUCAAUCCUCGAACUCAAACAUCAACUCUAGAAUCCAACAUUUCUGGUCUCGACGAAGCUCUUCCACCAGUUCAUCAAAUUCCGCCAGAAAUUCCAAAACUUAAUUUUUCUCGUCAAGACCCAAAUCGCAUUGUUUUGCCGCAGCGAAGAAAUGAGCCAAUUUUCGAGGAAUAUUUGCAUUCUCCAAGAAGACAUAAUCCACAAACUCCAGUUUCGGUUGCAACUUCAAAAUCAACUACAAAUUCAGAAAGACUAACAACAUUUGUCUAA